AUGACGUGGACCUGUACAGCGUGUGAGUUUACAGCCAAUGAGGAUGGUCAAGAAGCAUGUGUCGCCUGUGGCUCCGAGAGACCUGAAGAAGAACAGGAACAAGAAGCAGCAGCAGCAGAUGGAGAAAAUGGAUUGGAGACAGUGGAAAAUGGCAAAGAUGACGCAAUCCGUGAGGUUGUUGUGAUUGAAUUACCUGCAAAGGAAAAGCUUGGUGUAAAGCUCAUGCCACCAAAAGAUGGCGUGAUUAAUCAUGGAUUAGCUAUUGAUAAUAUCAAUAAUCCAUUGCUCGAGAAUAAAGUACAGGCUGGUGAUUUAAUUGUUGCCAUUGGUGGCAAGAAUGUCGAUGGGAUGGGCUUUUCCGACGCAAUUGAUUUGAUUCGUAAAAUGCCUCGACCAUUGGCAAUUUCAUUUGAAAUUGACGAAGUGCGACGUCAAGAAGUUGUACGAGAGAAAUUUCAAUUGAAUAAGGACAAUGAUCUGGAUACACAAUUGACAACGUAUGCAGUUGUGUUUGAUAAUGGUCCAAUGGGAUUAAAUUUGGAAGAAGCAGUACGAUAUGGUAUUGAUGGUGCCGUCGUACGUGCAUUAAAAGGUCAAGCUAAAACAAGUGGGAUGAUUACAGUUGGUGAUAUUGUGUACAAAGUGAAUGAGACGGAUGUCUUGUGUAUGCCUUAUCUUGAGGUGAUGAACGUCCUUCGUCUUGCAACGGCCCCGAAGACGUUGCAAUUUGUACCAAAGGACAAAUUAGCGGAUGUCCAGCGUGUAAAUUCUCGUCAUUCCGAAUCGUUUCGACUUCGUGAGUCGACAUCGCAAGUUAAGCAAAAACUCAUGAAUAACCCACGCAUUGUGAAAGAUGAUGGUAAUGAAGGUGAUGACAAUCAAUCGAUUGCACAAUUGAUUCUGGAUAAUCAAGCAGCGACGAUUAAGAAGGGGCGUAUGUACAAACAGGGACGUGUGAUGCGCAAUUGGAAAUCGCGAUACUUUGUGUUGAGUGUGUCAAAGGUGGAGUAUUUUAAGAGUCCGAGUUCUACUACAUCACGUGGUGAGAUGAGUUUUUUGGAUCACCGUUGCACUGUUCGUUCGCUACCUGGUACAGGCGACGUGGUUUGCCGAUCGCCAAAUGUGACAGCCGAGUUUUUACUAGAGCUUCGUGUGGAUGACCGUCGUAUGGUGAUGGCCUGUACAUCGGAAUCGGACAAGAAAGGCUGGAUGGAUGCAGUGAAACUAGCUAUUGAUGCCUCUAAGACUGUCAACCGCACACAAAGUCUUGGGGAAUCACUGCGUGAGGCAAAGGCGCUGCGAACACAGCGCACGGAAAGUCUUUCGAUGGAUGGGACAUUUCUGGACCGCAAUGCUGGUGGACGUUUAUCGCAGUUCAACUACGAGGCAUUUUCGACACCUGUCAUCCACGUUGGUGUUUUGUCUGCGAAAAAUCUGACAAAGUCGGGCAGCUCGGUGAAUGCCAUUUGUGAGGUCACUGUAGGCGCCGAGACAUUCAAAACUUCAGUGGUGAAGAACCAACGUUCACCUGUGUGGAAGCAAGAUAACUCAGCUUCAUUUGAGGCUCCUAGUGACGAAAUGGUGGUGGAGAUUCGUAUUUUUGACGAACACAUGUUUCGCGCGACCGAGCUUAUUGCAACGCUGUCGAUACCUUUGAAGUCACUACCGAAUAUGCAAAAGACGACUAAGAAGUAUCCUCUUGCACUUGGUAGUCGUUCUGCAGGAGCUGUGCUGACACUGUCGCUGGAGUACGUGAACAAACAGAAGGCUUUUGAGGAGGAUCAGGAACGUGGCUGCCUUGGUGACGACCUGAACGGAAAUGGCAUGAUGAAUGAGCGCGAUGCAAUGGUCAAAAUUAAGGCCGAAGCUCAGAUGGCAGCCGAUGAAGCCACACAUCACGCUGCUCGUGCACAGGAAGAAGCACACAUGCUGCUUGAGCAAUCACGACAGAAGGCAGAAGCAGCUAUGGCUGCAGCUCGGGAGGAACAACGUGAAGGCAAGGCAGCGGUGGAGAAGGCCAUGGCGGAAGCGGCCCGCUCAAAAGAGGAAGCUGAGAAGCAGCUUGCAGAAGCAAGACGGGCACAGGAAGAGGCUCAAAAACUGAUUGAGGCAAACCGUCGUAUUCAAGAGUCUGAUGUUCAGGGACCAUCGAUUUAUGCUAGGUAUAGGCGUAUGAUUCAAGACGGGGCUUCCAACGAAGAUGUCAAGAAGAAAAUGCAAGAGGAUGGUGUUGAGGAGAUGGGUAUCCAGGCAUUCUUUGACGGGAUUAAUUCGUACGAUGAGAAAAUUCGUGCUCUACAGGCAGAAGUUGAAAAACUUAAGCGAAGCCGUGCGGGGCGAUCGAGAGAGGAGCCAAGAGCACAGGACAUGCUGGCUAACCUGGAUAUAUCAAGUGACCAAGUCAAGUUGCUUCGCCGUCUACUAAAACUUGAGAAACAGUUGCAACAGGCUGGUAUUGCUGUGGCUGCAGACAUUCCGUACGAAGAAGCUAUGGCUAAGGUGCAAGAAAUCUCAAAACGCAUGCAAGAAAUUGGUUCUGCUGAUGUGACGCAUCCGGACGCUGCAAUCCAGAAACAGCUUCGCGAAGAAUACUACCGUUUGGAACAGGAUAUGGAAAAGUACAACACAGCCCUUAUGCUAACUGAUGAGUAUGCAGCAGAAGAAGCACGUAAGGAACGUGAAUGGGAAGAGGAGAAUUAUGAAGAAAACGUCAAGGCGCUGAAAGCUAUUCGUCGUAUGAUGCCGGUUGACGUGAAGAAGAUGUCUGAAGCUGAUCUGCAAACAAUAAAAUCACCGAAUGGCAAGACGCUUCCCCGUGACGUUGCUCGUAAGUUUAAGCGAACGAACGUGCUUGAAUUGAUUCGUAUGGACCCCGCCGAUAUUGCUAAGAACCACCCGUCGCUUUUGGAGAACCUUCGUGUGACGGGUCUCUCAGUGACAGAACGAAGGGCAAUGCACAUGCACCUGCGUGGUAUAGCAGAGACUUGGAAGGCUCAGCAAGGCGAAGAAAUGACAAAGAAAAAGUACGAGUGGUUUAAGACUCUUAAGGAGACAUUCAAGACUGUUGUGAAUUCGUACAAUAAACACGUGAAACAGUACGGACCGGCGGACAACCAUCCGUAUGCCACACGUGACGAUCCGGAUAUUGGAUGUCCAAUGAUUGGUAAGCAAUGUCCCAUCAAGGCGAACCAAGUUCCUGCGUACGAUCAAGACCUUGGAUAUCCUGAUGGGGAUGUUUACAUGGAGUCGACGGUACAAAAAGGUAACCCUGAUGAUGCUGGUGCACGAGCAUUGGCAGAAGCGCAGGAAAUGGCUCGAGCAAAGCUUGCUAACUCGCGUGCUGACGCGUUGAAGAAGCACUAUCGCAAUGUCCGACUGGUUGCUGAAGCAAACGGCGCGUGCGAAUUGAUCGAUACGUCAAUGGAUUUGAUUGAGAACCGACAGUUGCUAUGGUUUCAAGCAAGACUGAAGCGCCGGCUUGAACGAACGGAGACUGCUGCUACAAUUAAGGUAGAAUUGGCAGAGUUUGGUGAGCUAGUGAACGAGAUUCGGUUGGUAAGCUUGAAAUUUGCUGAGCGAUCGGGAAUGAAUUUGUCUGGCAAGCGAAACUCAGCACUGGAUGCGAAGGACACGCGUUCUUCUAUCGAGUGUAACCUGGUUCUGCUCUACUGCGAUGCCGUGACAGAUUGCUUUGAUGGCAUGGAUGAGCGCAUGGAUGAGGUGAAGGCAAGUGAUAAGCGCUUGCGUUCGGCUAUUCCUGUUAUCCGGGGCCUCAUGAAGGACCUGACCGAUAAGAGUCGUAGUACUUUGGAUUCGCUGAAAGACAAGGGCCCUCCGAUGACCCGGCGUGUAAAAACUAGGAAUGAAAUUAUGAAAGAAGCGAAGGAAAAGAACAAAAAUGCUGUCGCACCGGCAGAGAGUGAAUCAGCUGAUGAAGCUCCUGGCUCUGGUCGAGCACCGCAUCCAAUGAUGGCUGCACGAGGCAGAGGACGUAGUGGCCGCGGCGGUGGUCGUGAUAAUAUGUUUGCUGCGAUAAAGGGACGUGGUGGUGGCGAUGGUGGCGAUAACCCUGCUGGACCUCCUCUCGAUUUCCUGUCAUCAAUCCGCGGUCGUGGUCGUGGAAAGCCAGGUGGGCCAGGACGCGGUGACCUUUUUUCCGCAAUCAAGGCGCGUGGUGGUGAAGCCGGUGGUGGUGGCCGUGGUGGUGAUUUGAUGUCUGCUAUUCGGGGUCGUGGUCCACGUGGUCCAGGUGGUGGACGUGGUGACUUAAUGUCUGCUAUUGCUAUGCGGAAGAAGGAGUAG